GCGCAUGACAUGAAUCGCCUCCGAACCAUCCCCCCUUCAAUUAACAGUACACAUGCCAACACUUCCAGUUCUAUCUACUAUGGGUAUGAUAUAAGGACGGGGGCGCGGAUCGGUUGAUUCUAGGAAAACUACUACUGGUGUGUGCAUUACUCGCAAACCCCAAAAGCGUUCGUUCUUUGUACAUCUACUCUGAAUCUUGUCCCUACAGUCGUUACUGUAAACCAAAAAAAAUACACCUUGUUCCAAAGAUGCGCAUCGAAAUCCCAAUCGUUUGCUUAGCAGCAACUAGUGUCAUCGCUUCACCAAUGUCUCCCCCUCUAUCGCGGAGACAAGAUGCUGGAGUUGGUGCAGGUGUUGCAAGUGCAGGAGCAUGUCCCAUGAACUGCUGGAACGAGGCAGCAGUAGUAGCGGGCUGCGAUCCCAACACAGACGAUGACUGCUUAUGCGGUCCCUUUUUCGGCGCUGUGACUUCAUGCACAGCGGGCGCGUGUAGUAUUGGUGAAAACCUAGCUGCACUAGACUUUUUGAGCGGGCCAUGCGAAUAG